GCCCCAAGCUCCGUCGGAAAACUCCCCGCUCGGCGCGCGAGUCUUCAAGGAAUGACGCAGUUAGUUUGGGCUCGAGUCCCCGGCUCGAAGGGCGCUCCGCCGCCUGCGCUCCGGUCUCGCCGUGUGACAGCCAUGGCCAAACAACAGCGACCUAGUGAGCCGCCUCCAUUGCGAGAGCGAGUCCUUCAAGAUGGACCUCAUCCUCGACGUGAACACCAUGCUGUACCCUGUGGACCUGGGUGACAAGUUCCGGCUGGUGAUCGCGACCACCCUUCGCGAGGACGGCUACCCCGACGACGGCGAGUACAACCCGGCCGAUACUGGCCCGUCGCGCGCGGACAGCUUCGAGUACGUCAUGUACGGCAAGAUCUACCGCAUCGAAGGGGACGACAUCACGGGCGAGACCACCAGACUGGCGUCGUACGUCUCCUUCGGGGGCCUGCUGAUGCGGCUGCAAGGUGACCCGAACAACUUGCACGGCUUCGAAGUGGACAACCAUGUGUACCUGCUCAUGAAGAAGAUCGCCUUCUGAAAGGCCCUCGGCUCGUUGCCUCAAGGAAUACAGUGCCUCAUCACCCACAUUACGUCACCAUAAAUCAUGCCUGUAACGCAGCGUUCUGCUGUAAUUAAACUGCGUCACAUCCUCCGGA